UAGAUAAUCAUCAGCAUAUCUGUCGGGGCGACACUUCUGAAUUAACUGCGAAAACUCGACAAAUUUUAUCAAGGGACAAAGGGCCAAAAAGUAGAUAAAAACAACAAUAAUUUAAUUUAACAUAAUAAGCGAUAGUCUCUAACGAUGGAAUCGGAAUUAUGUCCAACACCUAAAUCACCAAAUCGCCCAAGUUUGGGUUCAAAAUCAUCGGAAUCACUAGAAGAAACGAGCCCUUUGAACUCAACUACAAUGGAAUGUACUGAAUGCCCCGAAUUCCCGGAAUGCCCCGAAUGCCCGGAAUGCCCUGAAUGCUCGGAAUGUCCGGAAUAUCCAGAAUGUCCAGAAUAUCCGGAUAAUGAUCUUGAACCUUCAGAAAAUGGCGAAGAAGCGUGUAAUACGGAAGAUAAAGAACUUGCAUUGUCCAUUUCAGAAGAAUUGAUGGAACCGACCGAUCCUACGAUUUCGGUAUCAGAAACUUUCUUAGAAGACAUGGAAACAAUUGGAUCUUUAGAUGACCUUACAGAAGCAAAUUCAAUGACGCAAGAAUUUCCAGAAUCUAUGACCGAAGAAAAUUCCUAUGACCAACGAGACGACUUAACUCAUCAAGUACCGGAAGAAUCCUUAACUACUGAAUCUGCCGUUUUGGCAUUAGUCGAAAGUUUGGAAACUACUGGGGAAAGAACAUUGGGAGUUCUGGAUGUACCUGCAACGUUGGAAAUCCCUUUUACAGAAACAUUACAACCAACAGGAAGUAUUAUGGAUGGACCAAUACUGACAACAUCAGAACAUCAACUUUAUGUGGAGUGUAGAAAGUCUGUACUAAUGGAACCGCAGGGUCCGGUAAGAACGAGAGAACUGGAUAGUAUCACAAUGAAAUCAAUUGAAUCAAAACUUAUUCAGGAAGACGACGGCAGUUUUAUGUCCCCUGCAAACAUGUCGAAAGUCAAAGAAUGUUCAGAGUGGGCCGAAAAAAGACAGGACUCGAAAAUUGCUGACAUUAGAGAAGCAACGCGUGCUUUUGACAGCCUAGAUGCACUAAUGGCGAAACAAACAGCAUGCUUGGAAGUUAUUUCGCAAAUCACAACAUUGGAAGACACAGUACAGAGCACGGCUUUGGCCAUCGAUACCAAGAGUGUCCACCUGGUGAACUCUGGAGUACAGAAUCAUGUGCAAGAAGCUCCUAACUAUGGAAAUAAUUGCCGUCUUAUGGCAGCAGCUAAGAACUGUAAUCUAGCAGUUCGUAAUAAUUGGCGAUGGAUUGGACAGAUGUUGCAAUGUGCUCAAGUUCACUUCCAUAAAGCUGCUGAUUUCCAUCAGUUUUUCCACGAUGCUCAAGAGGCUGAGUACUGGAUGAAGAACUCACUCUCUACUGUACAUUUGAGUUUCGACCGUUCGAAACUACAAGGGGACAUGGCUGAUGUGCAGUCCAUCAAGGAUGAAAUAAAGGACGUACUGUUAGCCUACACUCAGUGGCAAGGAAAAAUAGAUUCCUUGUUCGACAGGGCCAAGAAUAUCGUUCCAGUUUCUCAGAGAUUGAAGCCUAUUGAGGAGCCAUGUGUUAUCACCGCAUUAGCUGACUACAGAACAAGUGAUAUUGAAUUCACUGAAGGAGAGUCUUUGACACUAAUGAACAAUUCUGACAGAAAAAUAUGGAAGGUGUCGAAUACUCGUGGACAAACUGCUCUGGUGCCCGCUGUUCUACUGCUGAUACCUGGUCCAUACCCUGAAGCUCUCGAUGUUGCAAUCAAAAUGAGGGUCCAACUGUUAGCACUAUGGACAGCCAGUGUAAAGAGACUUGGCUAUCAACUGAUCGCUUUCAUGUUGCUGGUCGUAAAAGAUUACAGCGAAGACGAGAUACAACAGUUUACCCGGCUAUCAAGUAGUCAACAACAAGAACUUGUCAGCCUUCUGAAGUAUAUCGAAGAAACCCUGAUGCCAAAUUGGAAUGGAUACAAGGAUUUUGGAGAGCUUCAAGAAAGAAUGGCUCGUAUAAGGUUUAUACUCGAAGAGAAAAAUGGCACAGUCAGGACGACUUCAGAUGGUAGCCAGCAAUCAGUUGUCAUUCAGUUCAAUGCUUUGAAAGAUCUUCUUGGCAAAUACGGAGACUUCUGGGCUUACUGGGAGACGUACAAGGUAAUUGUGGAGCUUCUCAAGCAACCGAAAUUUGUGUUGGUUUGUGAUAAGUGGGAGCAACUGCGGUUUGUGACAACAGCACAUUUCGUUAGAUUUUGGGACACCAACCUGGAUGUUGAUACUGUUGGUAAGGUUGAGCAAAUCGAACAAACUGUCGUAAACAAAAGUCUUGCCCUCCAUGAAACUCCUAGGGACGACAUGAUUUCUAGUGAUUACACUGUAGCUACGGAGAAAGAAGAGACAGAAACCGAGCAAGUUGUUACUUCUAUUGAGGAAGAAGAAAGAACAUUUUUCAUAAAAGACGUUGUCGAUCCUUUGUCAAAGAAUCUUAUAUCUUUCCAAGAAGGCAUUGUGCGAGGAAUCAUUGAUCAAACAAACGCUCGUUAUGUUAAUCCUUACACAAGAGAAAGCAUGCCCAUCAGAGAAGCCAUGAAUUCAGGUCUUGUGAAACUAGAGUGGACCACAAGAAAUAAAAUUCGAGAAGAGAAAAGAUCCUUUGGUUUGAUAACUAUCAAAACAACCAGAGACAGCCGUCCGUACAACAUUAUGCAAGUCAUAGAUCCGUCCACUAACAAACCCAUUCCAACAACAGAUGCCGUCAAGAAAGGUAUUCUUGAUAUUACAAAUUCUGUGUAUGUAAAAGGCCCUGAUGAUACUGUUCCAAUUCCAGAAGCCAUUGACAUGGGGAAGGUCAUCAUCGAAUAUACUGGUAGUAAAGAUGCGAAGCCUGACGUUGUGACCAAAACAUAUGCAGUUCAUGCUAUUGUUGAUCAGAAAAAGAAAGACAGAGUGCCUUUCGCUGAGGCAAUCACCCAGGGAUUGUUCGAUAAGCAAAAUGGUAUCUAUAUCAACAAUGUUACUGGAGCCAAAAUACCUGUCGGGGAAGCUAUUGCGCAAGGUUUCAUUAAGGCUCGUUUGGUAACCGAUCCAAGCAAAUUAGACAUAAACCCAGAAAACACUGUUGUCAUUGAAAGAGUUCAGAAUGUGCGAGAUAAGAUUACUAAAGGUUUGAAGGUGGUUAGUGCCAUGAAAGCUGCCAAAAAAAAUUGAUUCCUGAACAUUAUGAACCAUCCUAUCCAGGAAGAGGGUCGGAUCGAAACAAAAGCCAAUUCAAUUGGAGUUUUGAAUUUAAUAAAGCUGAACAUAUUUGAUAAAAUUUAGCAGUAAAUAAUUAUGACAUAUGCUUCCACUAAUAAUUUAGCAGUAAUAAUCAUAACACAUAAUACCAUUAAUUAAAAAUAUUAACAGUAAAGGUUGAUGGUACAUAUUAUCCCUAAUACUCAUUUCGGCAUAUAUGUACGCACGCACAAAAAUACACACACAUACGCGUGCCUAUAAUAUUAGUGAUAAAAGUGUUAGUUUAUUUCUCUUUAUACUUGUUUUGUGAUUCUAAAGUUUCUAAACUUAGUGUAUAUUUAAAGACUGGUUUCCUUCUUCUUUAUUAGUUUCACAUGUUUUGGAGAGAUUUACUUGAAGGAAAUAAUUUAUUUUCCCCCAUAUAUUAUAUUCUAAAGAAAUGAGGUAAAAUAUUAAAGAGAUUUGUGGGUAUUUCAUUGUCUAAUAUACUCUAAUAAAACAUAUAUUUUCAUUAUAGAUUUUUAUGCAAAAUUACAAGAUCUAGUUAUAUUUAAAUAAUGUCAGUAUAUAUAAGUUUCUGCAUAAUAUCCCAGCAUUUAUUACCUAUUAAACAAAUUUAACGACGGUGUUGACAAAAAUUAUCAUCGGAUAUUGUUUUCUUUUGUUAAAGCGUGUAAAUUAAAUUUUUAUCACGUCCUGCGACUAAUAUCCACUUCAGAAUAGUUUUCAAUUCAUUAGAUAUCUGCACGUUAUUUUUUUCGGGGCAUUUUAAGCUAUUUUAAGACAUAAAUGCAUGCAUGUAUACAUAUAUAUAUAUAUAUAUAUAUAUAUAUAUAUAUAUAUAUAUAUAUA